AUGUGGGGCGGCGACGACGGAGGGACUCCGGAGGUCACCCUGGAGACCUCCAUGGGCGCCUUCACCGUCGAGAUGUACCACAAGCACGCGCCCAAGACCUGCAGGAACUUCGUCGAGCUCGCGCGCCGCAAAUACUACGACAACGUCGUCUUCCACCGCAUCAUCAAGGAUUUCAUCGUGCAAGGUGGGGAUCCUAGUGGAACAGGCAGGGGCGGCGAAUCCAUCUACGGGUUGACAUAUGGACAUUGUUGCUGUCUUUGCAGAGCAAAAUUUGAGGACGAGAUAAGGCCAGAUCUGAAGCACACCGGGGCUGGGAUUCUAUCAAUGGCAAACGCUGGUCCGAAUACAAACGGGAGCCAGUUCUUCAUCACUCUUGCACCUUGUCAAUCACUGGAUGGUAAGCACACAAUUUUUGGGAGAGUAUCCAGAGGAAUGGAAAUUGUUAAGCGCCUUGGAAGUAUUCAGACCGACAAAAAUGAUAGGCCCAUCCAUGAAGUGAAAAUCCUGCGGACUGUUGUUAAAGAUUGA